CCCACCCCACCCCACCAAGUCAGUCUCUUGCCUCUGUCACCACUGAUCAUCCUCGGAAAUUCUCUUCAUAUUUUGAUUCUUUUCCUGCUCAUGAUCAUGGAGGCCAAUAACGAUGACAUGAUGGCUAAUGGAUGGCCACUCGGCCUCAGAAGCAUGAUCUCCAGAUUCAGAACGGCGGCAGUGGCGGCGCAGCAGCCGCAACAAUUUCGCAGCCUCCGUUCCAGAAGCUUCUCUUCAUUCUCAUCCUCAAAUCUUGACACUGAGUCCACAGCAUCUUUCUUUCCAGACCAGAGUGUAUCCUUGGGAAAGCUGAUUGGAAUUAGGCCAUUGAAGAAGAAAGUAAGCCUCUGCUGUGAUGAAGAACACAGGAAAGUGUCUGAUGAUAAAGAUCAGGACUUUCGACAGGGGCUCUGCGCUCCACUGCUCCACCAUGUCAUUGGGAAGAAAGGGUCCAGUGGGGGAGACAGCAAAAGACAAUAAACUAAUAAUCAUCUCUGGAUUUUUGUGUUUUAUGCGAAUUGUGUUUGCAGUGAAUUCUUGAAAUUUAUUUCUUUGGCUUGCUGUGAAUUAGCAAUUGUUUGUGAGUUGUAAUUGUCAUGUGUUCCUCAUUGAAUAAACGGGAAUAUAUUCUGCAUGGGUA